CAAACGUUGUCGUUUCAAGCACCGGCAAAAAUUGCACAGCCCUAAAAACCUUCACGAAAUUGAGAAGCAGAGAGGAGGAGGAGAAAUGGUAAGAGAAAGCUAUGUAGUGGUACACAACAUAGCAAAGAGACACAACGUGGGUACACUAGCAAGAAGUGCUACUGCAUUUGGCGUCAAAGAGCUUAUACUUGUUGGCCGCAGAGACUUCAAUUCUUUUGGCAGCCAUGGCUCUACUUCUCACCUCCCUUUUCGCCACUUCCACUCUCUCUCUGAUGCCCGCAACUUUCUCAUAGAGAAAGAUUGUGAUAUUUGCGGCGUGGAGAUUACGGAUUCUGCUUUUCCUGUUAAUGAACACCCUUUUAAGAGAAGUACUGCUUUCUUACUUGGUAACGAGGGAACUGGGCUUUCGACAAAGGAGUGUGAGAUAUGCGAUUUUUUUGUUUAUAUUCCACAGUAUGGGUGUGGUACGGCUUCAUUAAAUGUUACUGUUGCAGCUUCUAUUGUUCUGCAUCAUUUUGGAGUUUGGGCAGGCCUUUCUGAAAGAAGCCGAGAUGGACAUAAGUUUAUUGUAGCUGAGAGACCUGUGAAGCAGGGAAAAUAUUGCACAGAAACAGAAGAAUCUAUAAUCCAGGAAAGGAAAUCUAGGAGGGAAAAUGCAUCUAGAGGAUUCUUUGAUGAGACCAGAAAUGCAGAGUCAACUUCAAGCCCUUUGGAUACCUUGUUUACUGAGGAAUGAUCGAAGAAAUAGUAGAUGUUAUUUCUUGCAUUCUUAUAGAGCAAAUUGAUGUCAUGAAACUGGUAUGAAAUGUGGGUGAUGUUAUGACAUUGCACGGGUUGCUGGGAAAUAGCCCAAUUUGGAAGAAUCUUAUACGUUGUCUGGGGAAAUGGUUCGUAAGUUAAACCCUUGAGGGUUACUAUUGUAAUAAAAUGCUGGAGCUUGAGCAAUAACUAUGAUUAGCUGACAGCAUUAAAUAUAUCCGUUUUUAUUUCAAGUUGUGGACCAAGUUGACUUGUUGUCUUGUUUCGUCUCUGUUACCAUAGCAAUUCAUGCUUUCAGGUUUUAA